CUGGAGCGGCUUUUGUGGGCCAGCCUCGAACUGGGUGCUUUGGGGCUGGAGGGAAGGCCGCUAGGGAGGAGGAGGUUUGGCCAUGGCUGGGCGGCGUCCUGCAAAAAGCGGUGGCUGAGCCCGCUGCUGCUUUUUUAGGGCAGGGGAGCGAGAUCCUCUUCCCCUGCUGCGGGUCGGGUAGACUUCCUCUAGCCAAGGAGGUUUUCUUCUCCGUCACAAGGUCAAGGAGGCAUUAAUAGAUGUACCCUCUGCGAAGCGAUGCCUAUUUUUCAGGAUACCUCUAUGGCUAAGCAUGAAAAUCUGUUGGGAGGUCUCUGGAAUGUGCUGUAGUUUGUCCUUUGUACCGAAUGAGAUGCACCGCCAAUGAAAGUUCAGCAGCCUUCCUCAAAAAUCAGUCACAUCAGCUGACUUGGCAAGCAAGUGGACUUUUCUGCUUGGCUACUGACAGGUCUGAAUCUAGAGCAAAGAUUUUUAGGAAGGAAGGGAAGCUGCACAAAAACAGAGGUCAUACGCUGAGCAUGGAGAGGAAACAACUAGGCCCAUUGGCGGACCUUACUUUGAAGGAGGUCCCUGGUGAGACGUUUGUUCCUGGAGAGCUUCCAGGCUGCCCAGCAUCAAAACGGAUUGAACAAGACCCCGAAGGAGGGCGGGCCAAGGCGUGGGAAGGCCAGUGGCAGGAAUUCCUAAAGGCGAGGGAUCUCCCCCGUUCAGGUGGGGUGCAGGGGGAUUCCGGCCCUUGGGAUGAUCCCAAAACCUUUCUGAUCUCCUUCGAGCAAGUAGCUGAAGCUUGCCGGUGGCCCAGAGGAGAGUGGGCGGCCCGUCUCCUGCCAGCUCUGAGCGGAGAAGCAAAAGAGGCCUUUAAUGGCCUAGAAACCAGGGACCAAGGGGAUUAUGGGAAGGUCAAAGCUGCCAUCUUGCGGGGGGCAGCCCUCAAAAUGGAGGCCGAGCGCCAGCACUUCCGUCAGUUCCGCUACCAGGAGAUUGAAGACCCCCGGAGGGUUUACAGCCGCCUCCGUGAGCUCUGCCACCAGUGGCUGAAGCCGGAGAGGCACACCAAGGAGCAGAUCCUGGAGUUCCUGAUCCUGGAGCAGUUCCUGGCCAUCCUGCCCCCCAAGAUUCAGAGCUGGGUCCGGGAAUGUGGCCCGGAGAAUUGUGUCCAGACGGCAGCCCUGGCAGAGGAUUUCCUGAUGAGCCAACAGGAGGCAGAGACGUGGAAAUGGCAGGUGCCGGUAUCCUCCAAAGACAGGAUUGGGAAUCCACGCAAUCCCGUAAAGGAACUGCUGUUUGUGGAGGCUGAAGAACAUAUUUUUACGGAUCCGGGAUCAACACAUCCAGAUGAUGAAAACAGGCCUUAUAGCCAUCCCAUAUCCUUGCCUCCACCCGAGGAACAAGAAUUUGUUGAAGCAGGACCAACUGAGGGAUCGGUGGACUUCGAGCUGGCUGUGCAUUUCCCUGAGGGAGAAUUGGCCUCGCCGGAUCCAGCCCUGAGAGCUCUUUACAAGGAGAUCCUGCAAGAUGGCCGUGGGAAGGGAACGUCUCUGGAUCACGUCAGUGCAACUGAGAUCAAGGAAGAAAUGCUUCAGCCAGCCAGCCCUGAACUGGUGGGAGCCCACAAAACACUCCUAGAAAGGUCCUGUGGGGAAGUAUCUGUGAAGUCCCUUCUCCAGAAAGGAGACGCUGAUUUAGAAAAUACACAGGGGAGAAAGCCACCAAGGAGGUGGCUUUGGGAAGAGGGACAGACCUUUAACCAGCAUCUAACCCACAGAAGUGAGAGAAAGCAUUCAUGUCCUGAAUGCGGGAAGCAGUUCUAUUACCAGGCCCAGAUGGUAAAACAUCAGAUGAUCCACAUUGACAUCAAACCCAUGGAGCACCAGAGCAUCCAUGCGAAGGGGGAGACAUCUUUCAGCGGUCCUGGCUGUGAGAAGAAUUUCCAGAGACAAGGAAGCCACCUCGCACAUCAAGCAAUCGACACAGUCACCUCGUUUUUUGCGGAACAUCCAUACAGAUUUACCAUGAAUGUUGGAAUCCACAAGACUGCAGAGGACAAAAUGCAGGAUGGUCUCGUAAACCUUAAAAAAGAAAGAGAGGAUGAGGAACCUGAUUGUCAGAAGGAGCUGCAGGGGAUUCAAAUGGAACAGAGUGAAAGCCCUAAGGCCUUGGUGACAGAAAGGACUAAGGAGGAGGAAGAUGGAAACCAGGAGGAGGUGAGGCCUGAUUCAGAAAUGGUUGAUUUGAAACAAGAGAAAGAAGAUGAGGAAGAGGAAGAGGGCAAGGAAGAGAACAGCAGUGAGGAGAUAAUGGAGUCUGGAAGUAUUGGGAGCAGAGAAGAAGAGGAGCCGCUGGCUGGGAGACUGGAGGAGAUAAAACAGAGAUACGGCAAUUUGUGUCAGAACAGCACCGUUUUCCAAGAAAUGAUACUGCGGCUCAAAGCGGGAUGGAGGAACCAGAAUAAAGAAGGGGAUUGUUUGCCUGGGGGCUCGGAGCGACUGCAGCUGAACAGGAUGAUGUGGGGCGGAGAUGAAGUCAGGUUUCCCCCCAGCAUCGGGGGCCAGUCGGGAGCCCCUGAGAGCCACUCAAGGACGGAGGGUCGUCUGCUGGAGAACAGGGCUCCGAUUUCUAUCCCGUUCGGUGGGGGCUUCUUUGACUUCAGCGAGUUUGCGGUCCAGCAGAGCUUCUUCCAGAAGAAAGGCCAAGAGCUCUCAAAAACGUUUGGGUCGAGUCUGAGCUCCAGCGCGGAGCUUCGGGGUCAGGAGAAGCCCCAGCCGGCGGAGAAACCCUACAAGUGCAACGAGUGCGGGAAGAGCUUUGGGAAACGGUCCACCCUGAACACGCACGGCCGGACCCACACGGGGGAGAAGCCGUUCAAGUGCUCACACUGCGACAAGCGCUUCAGCCAGAGCUCCCACCUCCAGCUGCACGAGCGGACCCACACCGGGGAGAAACCCUACAAGUGCCUGCUGUGCGAGAAGAGCUACAACCAGCGGUCCAGCCUCAUCAUCCACGAGCGGAGCCACACGGGCGAGAAGCCCUACACCUGCCUGGAGUGCGGGAAGAGCUUCAGCCAAAAGGCCACCCUGGUCCUCCACGAGAAGAGCCACCGGGGGGAGAAGCCCUACAAGUGCUUGGAGUGCGGGAAGGGCUUCAGCCUGAGCGCGGACCUCAUCCGCCACCAGAGCAUCCACACCGGGGAGAAACCCUACACCUGCUCCGAAUGUGGGAAGAGCUUCAGCCAGAACUCCCAUCUCAUGGCCCACAUCCGGACCCACACGGGCGAGAAGCCCCACAAGUGCCUGGAGUGUGGGAAGGGCUUCAACUGGAGCUCGGAGCUCAUUGCCCAUGAGCGGACCCACACGGGGGAGAAGCCCUACCAGUGCCUCUACUGCGAGAAGAGCUUCAGCGUCCGCUCCAGCCUCAGCAAGCACGAGAGGACCCACACGGGCGAGAAGCCCUACGUCUGCCCCCAGUGCGGAAAGGGCUUCAUUCAGCGCUCCAGCCUGGUGGCUCAUGAGCGCUCCCACACCGGCGAGCGGCCAUACCUCUGCUUGGGCUGCGGCAAAGGCUUCCGGGAGAGCUCCCAACUCAUUGCCCAUGAGCGGACUCACACCGGUGAGAAGCCCUAUGUCUGCUCAGAGUGCGGCAGCUGCUUUAAAGCCAAGGCCGCUCUCCUCCGCCACCAGCGCGGCCACCUGGGGCUGAACUCCUUCAUCUGUGCCGACUGCGGGAAGAUUUUCUCCUCGGCCACCGAGAGCCCGGAUAAAUGUCCCGAGUGUGUGAACCUGAGCCUGAUGUCGGACCUCUCGCAGGUGUCGGAAGAGGCCGAUCCAGAAACGGCCGAAGGAGGGGGACAGAGCGACGACGCUAAGAUGUGAAUGGGUGGGGGAGGCCGGGCGUUCGGUUCUGUUUCUUUGCUGGUCAGAGUCGGCUUCCUCUUUUGCGCGAGCGAAUCCUGCGAAAGGGACUGUGCUGCAGUUGACUGGUUUUGUGGAUGGAGGAGACUGCUGGGGGCAGCAUUCCUUCCCCCAGAUGUGUUGGCUAUCCCAGUUUUGCUUCCUGUGGCCAAACCAGGCCCGUUUUAGACCCUUGAGAGAGGAACUGGAAAUGCAGAGAGGACCAGAACCAGGUGUAUAUGAAAGCAAAAGAGAACUACCACGGUGAUGGUGCCUGAUGCUUUAGUCCAGUGUUUCUCAACCUGGGCGACUUUAAGAUGUGUGGACUUCAACUCCCAGAAUUCCCCAG